UAUAAAUAGAUAUUUUAAUGUUGAUUUAAAAAUACAAAAACUUGUCACACCCACAUGACUGACUAGAUUCAAAACCUAUAUCUCUUCAACCCCAUCUCAUUUCACCUCCCCCAAAUGGCCUAAACAUCUCAACCAUGAAUACAUAAAACCCCCAUAGAGAGAGAGAGACAAACAAACAAUUUUCACACAAAAACAAAAACCAGUCACAAGCCAUAUGCCAUUCCCCAUGGCUAAUCCUAACACACCUUCAUACCAUCCCACUUCCAAACCCUCAAAAUCCAACACCAUCUCUUCCUUCUUCUCAUGGAAAUCCACCAAUCUAUACUCUCUAGUUGUCUUCCUUUGCAUCAUCUCGUACCUUUUAGGCUCUUGGAAACAUGGCAUGCCCACAAUCCCCACUGCUAAGAACCAAUUAGCCUCAAAAGAUUGCCUCAACAUCAACAACAACAACACACCCCUUGACUUCAACCCUCACCACAACUUAAACGAUUCAAGCCUAAGCCCUUCACUCUCCAACACCCACAAAAGCUUCCCACCAUGCAACGUGAGGUACAGUGAGUACACACCAUGUGAGGAUGCCAAGAGAUCACUUAGGUUUAACAGAGACAGGUUGAUAUACAGAGAGAGACACUGUCCAGAAAAGAGUGAAACGUUGAAGUGUCGCAUCCCAGCCCCAUUUGGGUACAAGAACCCUUUUGCUUGGCCAACGAGUAGGGAUCUAGCGUGGUAUGCAAACGUGCCACACAAGGAGUUGACUGUGGAGAAAGCUGUGCAGAAUUGGAUCAGAUACGAAGGGGAAAAGUUUAGAUUCCCAGGAGGAGGUACCAUGUUCCCUAAUGGUGCUGAUGCGUAUAUUGAUGAUAUUGCCAAGUUAAUUAAUCUCAACGAUGGUUCAAUUAGGACCGCUAUUGAUACCGGCUGUGGGGUUGCGAGUUGGGGUGCUUAUCUUCUAUCACGUAACAUCAUGACAAUGUCGUUUGCACCAAGAGAUACCCACGAAGCACAAGUGCAAUUUGCUCUUGAGAGAGGUGUUCCUGCAUUGAUUGGAAUUAUUGCAUCCAAGAGGAUUCCUUACCCAUCAAGAGCUUUUGACAUGGCCCAUUGCUCUCGUUGUCUCAUUCCAUGGGGCCAAUAUAAUGGGCUAUACUUAAUUGAAGUUGAUCGUGUCCUACGCCCAGGUGGGUACUGGAUAUUGUCUGGCCCACCAAUUCACUGGAAGAAAUAUUAUAAAGGGUGGGAGAGAACACAGGAGGAUUUGAAUGCUGAACAGACAAACAUUGAGAAUGUUGCUAAAAGCCUUUGCUGGAAUAGGGUGGUUGAGAAGGAUGAUAUUGCUAUUUGGCAAAAACCCACCAAUCACUUAAACUGCAAAGUUAACCGUAAACUCACCCAAAACCCACCUUUCUGCCCUGCUCAAGAUCCUGACAAGGCCUGGUAUACAGAAAUGGAGACUUGUUUAACUCCUCUACCUGAAGUCUCUAACAAUCAAGAAAUAGCAGGUGGUGAGCUAGAAAAAUGGCCUGAGAGGCUAUAUGCAAUACCGCCUAGGAUUAGUAGGGGAACUGUGAAAGGUGUUACAGCUGAAAUUUUCCAAAAAGAUGCAGAACUAUGGAGUAAGAGGGUGUCAUACUAUAAGAAUGUGAAUAGUCAAUUAGGACAAGCUGGGAGGUACCGCAACGUUUUAGACAUGAAUGCUUACUUGGGUGGUUUUGCCGCUUCUCUAAUUGAAUAUCCACUUUGGGUGAUGAAUGUGGUUCCUGCUGAGGCAAAGGUUAACACGCUUGGAGUUAUAUACGAACGGGGAUUGAUUGGAACAUAUCAGAAUUGGUGUGAAGCAAUGUCUACUUAUCCAAGAACUUAUGACCUCAUUCAUGCUGAUUCAGUAUUUAGUCUCUACAAGGACAGAUGUGAAAUGGAAGACAUCCUAUUGGAAAUGGAUAGAGUUUUGAGACCAGAAGGAAGUGUAAUCUUUAGGGAUGAUGUAGAUAAUGUGAUAAAGAUCAAGAAUAUCAUUGAUAGAUUGGACUGGGACAGUCAAAUUGUUGACCAUGAAGAUGGGCCUCAUCAAAGGGAGAAGCUUUUAUUUGCAGUGAAGAAAUAUUGGACAGCCCCUGCUGCUACUAAGUCCUGACCAAGAAGAAUACAAAAAUACCACCUAGAGCUCUGCCCAGUUUUAUUCUUACUUCUCUCUUUUUUUUUUUUCUUAUGUGUAUGUUUCAUUUUUGGAUUUACUGAUUCUUUUCACCCCCUGAUUGUUUAAUUUUUAGAGUUGUGAUUUUCCAA